GGACUACGGUUUAUUAACGAGGAGAAGCGGAUCGGAUUACCAAUCUUGAAGAAUCCAUUUGAGAUAUCCAAACUGGUGGAGAAAGUGCUGGGUAAAGUGAAGGAUGUGAGGAUUACGAGAGGCAGGCCUGUUUAGAUUUUUUGUACUUUUGAGGAUCAUAAGAAGUUUGAUGUGUCGUGUGUGUCUCUUCGGAACAGGGCACCGCCAAGGGGGUAAUACCUGGCGUCUCGUGGGAAGUCUGUUGCAGAGAUGACAUUUCUGGAGUGAUUGAUGCAUGUCGGAUGAAUCGUGUGGUGAAUGGAAAAAAAGUCAAGUCUGUUCUUUUGUUUUUUGAUAUGGAGUCUCUCACUUACUCAAGUGUAGUUUGGGUAUAUAAACUACAGAGUAGAACAUGUAUCCCAAGACCAAUGCAGUGUGAUCAUUUGUAAAGCUUUUGAACAUGUUUCAAGUGUUUGCAGAAGGGAGAAGCCGAGAUGUCCAAGAUGUGGAAAAGUACAUCAGUUUUAAAAGUGAUGAAAAUGUAACAUGUUGCAAUUGUGGUGGGAACCAUGAAGCUAUGUCUUUUGGAAUGCUCGACAAGGUUAAGAGAAUUUGGCCAAAGUCAGGGCUGUCCAAAGCAUUUCAUAUGCAGCGGCUGUUAAAAGGGAUGAGGGUUCGAAUGGUACUCCUAAAGAGACCAUGGUGGUGGAUAGGCCUUCACCAGCAGGACCCAUAUGUUUUAAAGGUUAAGAAGGUGGCCUUUAUAGCUAUGGUGAUUAAUGGCACUGCCAAGCUGGAGAGGAAAUUCCGGAAAAUAUAUAUCAUUGUGGAUGCGGUUCAUGGGACUGAACUGAAAGACUUCUCGGGGGAGGAGUUGCAUGGAGUAUUGUCACGAGCCGUACCACCCUCUCAGGCCCUAGAGCCUGAUAAGGGAAAUAUGGAGAUUUGAAGGAAGUGGGAGUUUUGUUUUUGUCAAUGUACUAUUUUUUUAUUUGGGUGGAUUAAGUUAGUUUUCCCUAUCACGUAUGGAUUUUCUUUUUACCUUGUUUUUUCAACCUGUCCAGUUGGUGGCAGCAAUGCAUAUUUUUGGGUUGUAGAAGAAGAAUACGUUUUAUCACUUGCUUCAGUCAGUAAAGGAAGAGGUGGAGAGUAUGGGAUGUAGGAGAGCAGAAGUUGUGUGGAGUAGACUACGGUUUGGGCAUACAGGUUUGAAUGCCACGUUGUGGAUGAUAGGGAGACAUGAAACAGGUCGGUGUGAUGAGUGUUUAGUGGAGGAAACGUGGAGCAGGUGUUGAUAUUUUGUGAAAUGUAUGACAUAGAUAGGGAGAAAUUGUGUGGAAGGGUUUGCGAGGCUGGUUUGGGUGGUGUAGUAGGGGGAGGGAAGUGGUGUCUAGAGCUCUAUUUCACUUUCUUAGAGCAACAGGACUAAUGAAAAUAAUGUAAUGUAGUUAGGCCGUGACUGGCCUCACACUCCAAUACAGUAGGUGGCGGUGUAUGCACCUUGAAAGUUGGAUGCGAUCCGCCAAUCCCGAAGGAGGAGAAGAAGCAGAGACUGCAGGAGAACUGAGCUUGUUUUUAUUCCUAAAAUUAACAAACUUUUAUGAUCAAAGUCAGUGUAAUAGAUACAGAAUAGCAACCUCGAGAGUUGCAUGUUUUCGGUUUGUAUUGCUAGCUAAUCACUUGUUAUUGUAACCUCGUCGUUAACUUAUCCAGCAAUCUCAGAAUAAACACUUUGUUAGCCUAGCUAGCUACAAAGUUGUCAACAAAGUUGGCUAGGGAAGUUAGCUAACGCUAGCUAGCUAUCCUAAGCUAAGUAUAAAAAUCGACCUAAAUUCGGACGGGACGAUAUGGCAACUAAGAAGUCAUCUGAAAUGGCCCCCUCAGACAUCUCCCUCUCCUCACUACGUCUCCUGGCCCCUCCCAUCCGGCUGGUCUCUGCUGCCAUGUGGAAGGUGAUGAAGCAACGCGAUGUGAUGCGUUAUGGGACUCUGGAGGAGUUUGUGACAUCCUGCUGUGAGACUGUCCCUGGCCUGCUCACAUCUAGACACCAGGCCAAGCUGGCUCUGGGGCUGAGAACACGGUUGAUCUUAGAGCUGUGCCAUGGCAUGGACCCACCAGAUCCAGCGGUUAUCCUCCCCCAGCUGGAAAGGAUCCGUGCCCCCACCCCAUCCUCUGCCCUGAAAAAGGAUGUGAAGAUUGAAACAGCGGUGACCAACCUCUGGCACCUGGUUGAAAGCUUUCUGAAAGACCCCACAGAGCGAGCACUAUUCUACAAGGUGGAGUUUCCGUCAGAGUAUGGCCCUCAGUUUGACCAGGAGCUGGAGAAACUGCUGUGGGAGUUCCUGCUCAGACUGGACCAGCUUCUCCCAGUGCCCAACCUGGCUCAGACGGUGUCGUGGCUCACUGAAGCCCCUCCUGUCCUGGAGGAGUGUGCGCAGGCUGCCUCCCAACCCCAGCUCCUGAGGACCCUGCUCCAGCACCAGACGCUUCUGGGACACCUGGAUUCUGCAGCUUCUCUCCCUCCAUGUAUGGGCGACUACCUCCUCUCAUCCCUGUCUCUCCCUCCCUCUGGAAGAGUGCAGCAAAGCGACCAAUCAGGAUCUAAGCCUGCCUCAGUUUCCACCCCAAGCCCUCUGUCUUUAACCCCAUUAACCAAUCACAGACAGACAAACUGGUCAUCGCCCGUCGCACCUGUGAUUGGCGGGAUUUGCAACGAAGACCUUCCAGUCAUGGCUUCAGCCAAUAAGAGGGCAAGAACUUGCCAGGAAGGCGUUAUUAUCCAAUCAGUUUCAAGAGAUGUGGAGGAGGACGCUGAGUCAACGGAGAGGUCAAAAUAUACAUGGGUCAUAAGCAGAGAAGAGGAAUCCAAAGAGGACGAGGAGAUCAUGGUCAUGAGAAGAGGGAGGAGGAGGAGUGUGAGAGACGGAGGGAGUAAAAGAGUGCUCAGGAGAGGGCGUGGGGGACAGUUUGUUAGAGAUGGAGAGAAUGAAGAGGAGGAUAUGACGAGUGUUAGAGAUGGAGAGACUGAGAGAGACCUUCUUAGGGAUUGUUUGGUCCAGUUGGGGAUCGCAGACCUCAAGGUUCCGGAAGACCAUCGCAUCUAUUCUUACAUCGCAUCCUGUCUGCUCAACAAACCCAGGGUGCUCAUCCCCCGACUAACUUCCACAGACAUCACUGCACUUGUGAGGUCACAAUCUCCUCCUUCCCGCAGCAACGGGACACCAACAGCAGGGGAAGGGAGCUCUCCAUUGGGACAGAACAGUUGCCGGUGAUAACCGCAUGUCGGCUUCCUGCGACCCGGCAACGGAAGUUGAGUGACAGCUCAUUGACCCUAGAUAUGGAGCUUCCAGCAUUAGCUGACAAAGCGGAAGAGAAAGACAGGUGCUGAUUAAUUAAACAACCAAGGAGACUUAUACUUGCCUGGUUGCCAGAUCUGGCUGUGCUUUCUUUAGCGAAAUCCCCUGUUUGUUCAUCAUUCCAUACAUUCAUCAUCUCCUACAUGUACUAAAUGGCAUGACGGCAAACAACUGUGGAAUUGUUUAAAGCACAAACAGAUCUAGCAACCGGGCCAGUCAAAUAUCCACUAGUACUACCAGUUGUUUUUCUAUAUCGCUUUUGUGCUAUUUUCACAAGUAUGUGGUGAAUUUUCAAAACGCUUUGUACAAAACUCCAACUGGUAACACUUGUAACACAGCAA